AUAAUAUAAAAAAUAUCCAAUAAGAUUUAUUUACAUAUUUACAUCUUCAUACAUAUUUGUUAGAUUUAUUUACAUAUUUACAUCAAAUUUGUUAGAUUGAUUUACAUCAGAUUUGUUAGAUUUGUUGGAUUUAUUUCAAUAAGAUUUGUUAGAUAGUUGUAUGAUAUUUGUUAUAUAUCCUCACGUAAGAAUUGAUAGAUUGAUAGAUAAUUAUAUAUUUAAUCAAUUCUGUGGCACUUUCUUUUAUUCCAUCUGUUUUUGUUAAUUGUAUUUGUGUUUGUUUCAUUUUCAGGCGACCAUGAUGCCGGCUUCUGUGAACGUUAACCGUCUCGCAACGCACCAGACUAAUCUUGAAGCGGGUACGGUUUACUCCCUGACCGGUUUUGAAGUAACAAGGUGUAACCAGGAUUACCGCCUCUCGGACUCUUCUCUACUAAUCCGGUUUACUGACUCCACCACUUUCGAGAAGAUCACUGACCCGGCUGUUCCGAUACCUCUUGAAUCAUUCCGGUUCCGUAACUACAGUGAGAUGCUUCGUCUUGCUAACUCCAACAACCAACUUCCAGAUCUUAUUGGUAAGAUAACUGCUGUCAAGAGUACGAUCACUGAACCUCCUCUGGACAAGAACCGUGUUAGUGCAACCAUCAAGAUGGACAAGUAAGUUUUUAUGAAUUAUGAUGUCUUAACAAUCAUUUUUGGAAAUUGUAACUACAAUAUUCUCACUGUUAUGCCUUCCCACAAUGCAGUGACACAUCUGUGACUUUAACACUCUUUGACGCUCAAGCUGUGAAGAUCCAUAACCAGCUCGCUCAGAUGGCGGUAGAUCCACGAAUUUGCGUUGCAACCAGUGUGAAUCCGAGAAUGGUGGGAGGUAAGCAACCAGUUUAACACUAAAAUGGCUGCCUCUGUAAUGAUGUCGAGUUCAUACAUAUUCUACUCAUAAUGCAGGGCGUCUGUUUUUUAAUGGCACAGCCGGCACACACAUCCAUUUCGACGUGGAAACAGUUGCCGGGGAAAGUUUGUUUUCCAGGUAGCAUUUUCCGAGACAUUACUUUUAAACAUACCGUGACUAUAAAAUUCUCUAUUUGUUCAUGGAUGUGCCUAAUCACAUUGUUAUCUUCGUAAGCGGUUUGCUUGAACAAGACACUGGGCUUGCGCCAGUAGGACGGCUGGUAAGGAGUUUUGCUAAGGUGGAGACACUGAGCAUAGCUGAGCUGAACGAUUUUGUCCUCAAUGCUUCGUCUCAGGUUGGCUAUCAUAGUUGUGAUACUCUAUAUGGAAUGUAAAUUAUCAUGGUCGUAUCCUAACUUUACAACCAUGCAGAACAUUGAUUUCAUUUGUACGGGGAAAGUUACUGGAAUCAAGUUAGACAAGGGGUGGUGCUAUGUCUCCUGUGCAAAAUGCUUCAGGAAACUCCACCGGUCUGUCUCAUCGCUCACGUGUCUAUCUUGCAACAACACCGAUGCAGUUGGUAUCCUUCGGUAUGUACUGACUCUGAUCAAGUUAAACAUGUACGUUAAACUUGAUGUGUUAUUUGAUACAUUUAUUCUACGCGCUAGGUACCGUGUGGAGAUAUCAAUUGCAGACGAGACUGGUGAGGGUUUGUUUGUUGCGUUUGAUGGAGUUAUGGCGAAACUCCAUAACAUGAGGGCCCAUGAAGCUGUCAACCUCUUGCCUGGUAAUGAUGUCAACCCCGAAGAAUCUGAUGCCCCUCAGUUUGUUCUAGACAUGGAGGGAAAUACAUACACGUUUCAGGUUAAGGUGGGGCCAUACAAUUUCACGGCAAAUAAUCACAGCUUCACCAUUUCACGCAUUCUCGGUGAGGGUGACCCUGAGCCACAACCUGCGUUCGUUGAUGAUGUGAGAUCCUUAUAUUUGCCCUAGCGUCUGUUUUUUUACCUGCAUAUAACUUUUCCAUUCGAUAGGGUGCUGCUGAUGACAAUGGAGACGACAACAACGAUGUGUAGAAUCGGUCAAGUUGCAUGCGUGGAAACGCAUACUACAUUCU